UUGGAAGACAGAAACGCCUCUCAGAGUCAAUGGCCAAUCAGCGGAGGGAUCCCGGAGAACGACCCGCCCUUCCUUUAAAGGCGGGAUUUUUCUAUGUCGCGUUUGGCGCCAUUCUGUACCCGGUGUCGGAUCCGGGGGUUUCCGGGAAGAUGGUCGGGAGCGGCGGGGACGUGACAGGAGAAAUUGAGAAUCUCUAUACAGCUGUUCCAGAAAUACGCAAUAUCUUCUAUGUGAUGGGGAAAAUUGGAGAGGGUACGUUUAGUUCUGUUUAUUUGGCUGUAGCAAGGUUGAAGUCAGGAGAAGACAGGAAAUUUGCUCUAAAACAUUUGAUACCUACGAGUCACCCAACCCGAAUAGCCGCAGAACUACAGUGCCUUACACUGGCCGGGGGUGAAGACAAUGUUAUGGGAGUGAAGUCGUGCUUUAGGAAGAGCGAUCAUGUGGUUAUUGUGAUGCCUUACUUGGAACACGACUGUUUUGUGGAUAUUUUGAAUUCAUUAAGCUUUCAGGAAGUGAAGGAAUACAUGUAUAACUUAUUUAAGGCUCUGAAGCGCAUCCACCAAUUUGGUAUUGUUCACCGAGAUGUGAAACCAAGUAACUUUUUGUACAACAGACGACUAAAACAGUAUGCAUUGGUAGAUUUUGGACUGGCCCAAGGAACCCCGGACACUCGAAUAGAGCUUCUUAAAGUCCUCCAGGCCAAAAAACAGGGGAGUUGCUCACAAAGUAAUCUACACACAAUGUCAGGAAAUAUACCGGUACCUAGAGAAGUAGUUCUACCUUCCUCAACUAUACAAUCUGUGAAAAGACAUUGGUCACAUUCACAGAUAAAUCCGGGAAACAAUGGAAAGGAAGGAUUGCUUGGCGGAUCUACGCAGAGGUCUGUGUUUGGAGAGAGGAAUUUUAAUGUGCAUAGCGCUGUCAUCCAUGAAGCCAAUGCUGAAAAAAAAAUAAAGCCAUCCAAGAUAACAGAAGCAGCAUCCAAGAAACUGGUGGCACGAAAGCCGGUCCCUGCAAAGAACACAAGUGAAGGGGUGGCCAGGAAAGCUGCCAGUACUUGUCCAACUAGCCUGACCUGUGACUGUUAUGCGAGGGACCAAGUCUGCAGUAUUUGCCUUGCAAGAACCAGACAAGUCGCCCCAAGAGCUGGCACCCCUGGCUUCCGUGCCCCAGAAGUGUUAACAAAGUGCCCCAAUCAGACUACAGCUAUUGACAUGUGGUCGGCAGGCAUCAUCUUUCUCUCGCUUCUCAGCGGAAGAUAUCACUUUUUUAAUGCUGGAGAUGAUAUGAACGCUUUGGCUCAAAUCAUGACUAUUCGUGGUUCGCAAGAGACGGUUCAAGCUGCCAAACAAUUUGGCAAAACUAUUCUUUGUAGCAAAGAUCUUCCUGCAAAAGAUUUAAGGACGUUAUGUGAAGGACUGAGACAAGUGUGCACGGCCGCCACGUCUGCCACCGAAUCCGAUGUCCAAAAGCAGAGAGCCACAUUACAGAUGAGAAUGAUCGAAAAUCAAGAUGGAUGGUUCGUAGAAGAGAAUUGCGCAACGCCACCGGUCGACACCAGCAAAAGCUUCAACCACUCGGACCCCGCACAGUCUGACCCUAAUGGCUGGGACCAGGUGCCGGAUGAGGCUUAUCUUCUACUAGACAGACUCCUGGAUAUGAAUCCUGCUACACGGAUCACCGCAGAUGAGGCCUUGUCACAUCCGCUUUUUAUAGACCUCUAGUGACUAACACUGCGCCUGAUGCUUUUCCUGCUGUGUAUAGACCUCUAGUGAUCGGCAUGGUGCUGACUCUUUUCCCUUUGUAUAUAGACCUAGUGACUGACACUGCGCUGAUGCUUUUCCUCCUGUUUAUAGACCUCUAGUGAUCGGCAUGGUGCUGACUCUUUUCCCUCUGUAUAUAGACCUAGUGACUGACACUGCGCUGAUGCUUUUCCUCCUGUUUAUAGACCUCUAGUGAUCGGCAUGGCGCGGACUCUUUUCGCGCUGUAUAUAGACCUAGUGACUUGACACUGCUCCUGCUGUUUAUAGACCUCUAGUGACUGACACUGCGUUGACGCUUUUCCAGCUAUUUAUAGACCUCUAGUGCCUAAUUACCCAACCAGGGUGUAUCCAGCUGUUGCAAAACUACAGCCUUUGGCUGUCUGGGCAUGCUGGGAGUUGUAGUUUUGCAACAGCUGGAGGCACCCUGGUUGGGAAACAUUGCUCUAUAGACUAACACUGCGUUGACGCCUUUCCUGCUGUUUAUACACCUCUAAUGACUAUACAGCGGGAAAAGUUUCAGCACAGU